AUUAUAAAUUGAGGGUUGUAAGCCUUCGGGCUAUUCAGUUUUUGAUAAUUAAUGAAAUUAUAAAGAGUGUUCACUUUUACGCCAACUUUUGGGUUUUCUGUGUGCAUCAACCAAUUGUUAUUGCCUUUAUUCCUAGGUAUUCUCAGAAUAAACAGGUUUAAGGAAGAGUUGUCGUGAUCUUUGUCGCCCGAUCUCUUUUUUCAACACGCCUUCCUGCAUCAACAAAGAUUGGUCUAUGUGAAUUUUAUGUAAAGCGCAAGAUACUAGAUAUUACUGGGAGGAAAUUUGCAUUUUUAGAAGGAGAUGGGGGUCUCAACACAUGAGAACAACAUGGAGCAGGGGCAGCCUCCAAGGAGAAGGCAAAAGGGUGGCCUCAUAACCAUGCCAUUCAUCCUAGCAAAUGAAGCAUUGGAGAAAGUGGCUACCUAUGGAUUGUUGCCAAACAUGAUAUUGUAUUUGAUGGGAGAUUACCAUAUAGGGAUAACCCAAGGGACAAACCUACUCUUUUUCUGGUCUGCGGCUACCAAUUUCUCCCCACUAGUUGGGGCUUUCAUCUCUGAUUCAUAUCUGGGUCGAUUCCUCACCAUUGGCCUUGGCUCCAUCUUCAGUCUCCUGGGUUUGGUCCUCCUAUGGAUAACGGCUAUGAUCCCACGAGCAAGGCCACCCCACUGCAACCAAUAUGAUGGGGAGAGCUGCAAACAGCCUACAGGAUCCCAGUAUGCAAUCCUUCUCUCCUCCUUCAUGCUAAUGUCCAUCGGAGCCGGUGGGAUUCGAUCGUGCUCCUUGGCUUUUGGAGCAGAUCAACUGGACCAAAUAAACAAUCCCAACAACAAGAGAGUCUUGGAGAAAUACUUCAGUUGGUACUACACUUCAAUUGUUGUAUCGCUCUUGAUUGCGUUCUCGGUUAUCGUCUACAUUCAAGAUAAUGCUGGAUGGAAAGUGGGAUUCUUAGUUCCAGUGAUCCUCAUGUUCUUGUCUGCUCUUUCGUUCUUCGUUGCCUCUCCGCUUUAUAUCAAGCAGAAAGCUGACACGAGCUUGUUAACUAACCUUGCACGAGUGAUUGUGGUUUGUAUAAAGAACAGGAAAGUAGCAUUCCCGUUUGAGGAAUCGAAUUUGAGGUAUCAUCACACGAGUGACUCGACUCUAUCCGAGCCAUCCAACAAACUUAGGUUUUUAAACAAAGCUUGCAUCAUUAGGAACCCUGAUUACAUAACUCCAGAAGGAGUGGGUUCUAAUACAUGGAGUCUCUGCACAGUGGAACAAGUCGAGGCGCUGAAAGUACUCAUCAGAGUCAUGCCCUUGUGGUCUUCAUCGAUCAUGAUAUCGGUAAACUUAAGUCAGGGCACCUUCCAAUUACUCCAAGCUGAAUCCAUGAAUAGACACAUCACUCCAGGGUUCCAAUUACCUGCUGGCUCCUUCACUAUGUUCGCAAUCAUCGGUGCGAUAGUUUGGAUCGUUCUUUAUGAUAGGAUUAUCAUUCCCUUAGCUUCGAAAAUAAGAGGAAAACCCUUUUCGGUUGGCAUGAAAGUAAGAAUGGGUGUUGGGUUAUUUUGCUCCUUCCUGGGCAUGGUAGUUGCAGCAAUUGUGGAGCACUUUAGAAGGAGAAAAGCGAUAGAGAGUGGGUACUACAAUAACCCCGCAGGAGUUGUUAAUAUGUCGGCUAUGUGGCUUGUACCACAAUAUGUAUUGAUUGGUGUCGCAGAAGCUUUGAACGUGAUUGCAUCAAAUGAGUUUUUCUACUCGGAGUUGCCAAAGAGAAUGUCAAGCAUUGCAGUGGCUCUAUCUGGAUUAGGAAUGGCUGUAGGGAGUUUGUUGGCCAGUUUGAUACUAAGUACUGUGAAUAAUGUCACCAAAAGGGGGGGAAAAGAGGGUUGGAUUUCGAGUAAUAUUAACACGGGUCAUUACGAGAGUUACUAUUGGCUUCUCGCAGUUUUGAGUUCUGUUAAUCUGCUUUAUUUUGUUCUGUGUUGUUGGGCAUACGGGCCUUGUGCAGAUCAAGGGUUCUCUAAACUUCAAGAUGAGGGAAAAGAUGAUAAAGAUCUUAAGGAGGAAGAGUUGCAUAUACUAGGAAAUGGUGUUACGAAUGGAGAAGGAAAGUCCGAGGAAGAUGGGGCGUAGAGAUCACCACACUUUUUUUCCCUUCAAUUUCUAGGGAGGUUAAAAAGAUGCAAUUUUUUAGGUUUCCUCGCUAAUCUGAAAUUCAAUUACUAUAAUUGCGAAUUUGGGUACAAAAUCUGGGUAUUUCAAUGUCCGGAGAAGUGUUUGUCU